GCAGAUGGGAUAUGGCUGAGUUGGGAUGCAUUCCGCUUGAUGAUUACACGCUAAGUAUUGUGAUUAAUUGUUACUGCUUCUUGGGUAGAGUGGAUUUUGGGUUUUCUAUAUUUGGUGGCUUCUUCAAGCGAGGUAUUUUGCCCAAUACGGCCACCUUUACCACUCUGCUCAAAGGACUCUUUCGGGAACACAAAAUUCAUGAGGCACAAGGAUUUUUCAAGAAAAUAAUAUAUGAAAAGCUAUGCGUACCCGAUAAAAUUACGUAUGGGACUGUGAUAGAUGGGCUUUCUAAGGCUGGAAACACUAGCAUGGCCAUUCAAGUCCUUAGAUUCAUGGAAAAAGGAGGAAGGUGCAGGCCUGAUACAGCUGCUUACAGCACUAUUAUCGACGGGUUGUGCAAGGAUAAAAUGAUGGAUCAAGCUCUCUCCCUGUUACGCGAGAUGAUUGAGAAAGGAAUUGCCCCUGAUGUCAUCACUUACAGUUGUUUGGUCCGGGGUCUGUGCAAUUUAAGUAAAUGGAAGGACGUUGAAAAGCUCUUGACUGAGAUGAAGGCUUAUAAUAUUGUUCCAAAUGUUAUUACUUUUAAUAUUCUUAUUGAUGCACUAUGUAAGGAAGGACAGUUAGAAGGUGCAGAGGAGGUACUGAAAAUCAUGAUUGAGCAAAAUCAGAAGCCUGAUAAUGCUACAUAUAGCGCAUUGAUGGAUGGGUACUGUUUACAAGGCCGAAUGGAUGAAGCAAAGAUAGUUUUUGAUAAAAUGGCUGCUAGCGGCCUUAAUCCUGAUGUUCAAAGCCAUAGUAUAUUGAUCAAUGGUUAUAUGAAGAAAAUGAAAGUGGAAGCAGCCAUGAGUCUCUUCCAAGAGAUCCGACAUAAAGGGUUAACACCGAAUGUUGUUACCUAUACCACUUUCCUGCAGGGUUUAUUUAGUGUCGGGUGGUAUCUUACAGCAAUCGAAGCUUUCGAUGAGAUGCGAGCUGCUGGCUUAAAACCUAAUUUUCACACUUACUGUGUUUUGUUGAAUGGUUUAUGCAAGAAUUCACAUGUUGAGGAAGCACUUCAAUUUUUGCACAAGAUGGAAGUUGAUGGAGUAGAUUGUCAUAUAACAAUGUACAACAUCGUCCUUGAUGGAUUAUGCAAAUGUGGGAAGCUUGACAGCGCCCGGCAUCUUUUCUAUAGUCUCUCUUCUAAAGGAUUGGAUCCUAAUGUUUCAACUAUAACACGAUGA